AUGGGUCAAGCUAUUGUGAACAAGGUUAGGGACAAUCCUAAAUGCACCCCUAAGACUAUUUCCACAGACAUAAACGGUGAAUUUUCUGCUAAAAUGACUUACAUGCAAUCGUGGAGAGCUAAGGAGUGUGCACGUCAUAUCAUUGAGGGAAAUCCCAAGGAUAGCUAUAUUUUAGUCCCAUGGUUGUAUGAACGAAUAGCAGAAUAUAUUCCAGGGAUAAUUACAUCUUGGGAGUGCACGGAUGAUAGGAGAUUUAAGCGAGUGUUUGUAGCUUGUGGGUGCUCCAUACGAGGUUUCAUCAACUAUUGCAGGCCCAUGUUAGCAAUCGAUACUUGCCACUUGAGUGGCAAUUAUAAAGGAAUAAUGCUUGGUGCAAGGGGGUUCGAUGCGAAUGAUGGCUUAUGGCCUUUGGCGUAUGCUGUUGUUUCUUGUGAGAAUGAUGAUGAUUGGUAUUGGUUCUUGAGCAAGGUGAAAGAGAUUCUAGAUGGUCGCAUUGUGACAAUCUUAACUGACAGGCAUCCGAGCCUAAUAAGCUGUAUUAGAGAUAUUUUUGGCUCCCAGUACCACUCAUGGUGUCUUCAUCACCUAACGGCGAAUUGUUCUACAUCCAUUCUUGGGAGACAAAGUUUAGGAUUGAGGGCUUUGGGCAAAGAGCAAGCAAAAAAAUUACUCGAUAAAAUUGCAUAUGCUCGAACUGUAGAUGAGUAUGAGAAUGCAUUGGCUGCCAUGCGGGUAUUUCGAGGGGAGUUGUGCGAUUGGGUUUUGGCGAAUUCACCUGAACAUUGGUCAAAUGCUAUGUCUACUUCCAAGCGUUGGGAUAAAUUAUACACCAAUCAAGUAGAGUCCUUCAAUGCAUGGGUGAAAGAAGAAAGGAAGUGGACUAUCCUGGUUGGGGAUCGUAUUAAGGAGAAAAUCCAAAAAGAGCAAGAGUUAGCACUUGGUUUUCAGUCGAUGCGUGUUUCGCCUACUGAGUGUACAGUAUAUGAUCAAGACAGAAAACCAUUCAGGGUGGUAUUUGGCAGUGAAAAUUCUUGUAGUUGUUUGAAGUGGACCAUGAGUGGGAUUCCUUGUUCGCAUGCAUGCUAUGCCAUCCAUGAAUUAUCUUUAAAUAUUUAUGAGAUGCUUGAUCCAUGGUUUAGGGUUGAAACACAACAAAAACUAUGCGAACAUCUCAUAUCUUCUAUCCCCAUGCAUGAUAUGCCGAAUCUAGCUGUUGUUGUUGCUGUUGCUGCUGCUGACGGUGAAAGUGCUUCCCAUCUUAGGCCUCCUACAGUAACACGUCCCCCUGGAUGA